AUGGCGGUAAGCACGUGUGGCUAUGAAACGAUGUGGAGUGGUAAUACGAUUCUAUACUUCGUAAAUCGUGAUGGUCUACCACUAUCAGAACGAUGUAAUGAACGCAUGUGGUCAUUUUGUAAAGAACAAUAUCCGAAACAUGAGGAAGAAAUUCAAACAUUGCACGAUAAAGUUAUUAACUAUCCACCAAAACUAUGUCCUGAGCCGCCGUAUCAUAUUGCUUCGAAUACUCGUCUGAAAGUUCACGAAAAACUACAGCAAAUACAAAAUUACAUAUAUCGUUUGGAAUAUAACUAUACAGGCAUGCAAUUCUUCGAUCUAAAUCCAACGCGAUCCAUAUAUGGACUUAUGGACACUACUCGACAGAUGAUGACAGAAUCAUUACCAAUCAAAUGUUUUGAAGCAUUUUUAAUUGGAUUGUAUCUAACAACUGGAAUCAUUGGUCUAGAUCGUUUUAACAUAUCAUUUAAAACUCGUUUCAAUUCAAUUAUCUAUCGUCACGUUGUUCUCGGUGUGAAAUAUCAACAAUUUUACGGUGCAUUAGGUAUAAGUCGUCGCGAAGAUCUAGCUUACAAAUCUUUGGAUGGUAAAUAUGAACAUUUUUCUGAGCUGAUCGACGAUUUUAUUUGUGCAUAUAAAAGAUACGGACAUACAGUUUUACGCGUUCGAAUUGGUUUGCCAAUUAUUCAUGAUUUGAAAUCGUUUUUAACAAUUAACUGGAAAGUUUUAACUAUUCUACCAAGUAAAACCGACAAGAGUGAAUACGAUCGUGAACUGAACAAAAUUACUCGCAUAUGGAGACAAGUUGACAUGCAUAUGACGUACAAAUCAGUUGUGUCGUUAACAUCAUUGACUCAACCGACUGGCACUUUGAUAACAGCAGCAUCACUACCAAACCGUUUGCAACCGAUAUCAUUUCGAACAAAUGGUGAACCUCCAAUGACUUGCCGUCGUUCAGUAACAAACAAAACCUCAAUGACCACACGUGAUCAAAAAUCAGACGAUAAAGAUCAAACAAUUCCUUAUGCUAUUCGUGUAUAA